ACCGACCCGGGGUCUGUUUUGCUACGAUUUUUGCACAGCGCGUCUUGUGGCGCGGGCACAACUUCAUGGGAUACACCGUGUCACAUAGGCCACGUUGGCCGCCAUGCGACACCGCUAGCGACGAACUGCAAGCGCUCGGCAAGCGAUGCAUGGGCGCCGUCGACCUCCGCAAAUAACUGGCUGCAUCUCGCGGCGUGGGCAGCACUGCAUCGGAUAGACCGUAUCACAUAGGCCAAGUUUUCGAAUCCGCGUCAGUGCUAGCGACAGCAUGCAAGCGCUCGGCAAGCGCUGCAUGGGCGCCGGCGACCGUCGCAAAUGAAGGGCUACAAAGUCAGCUUCGUAGUUUGCGUAACUGACUAAUGUUAUUGUUAUUCGAACUGCGUGGAUUCAGCAAACGGUAUAUUAGGACCGGUUAAUUAUAGCGGUUUUCAGAACAAACUUCCGAUGGCAAUCGGAGUCGCCGGGGCUUACUCGAUCCUACUUGGCUUACUCGGCUUACUCGUGUCGGGGGCCUAGAAUGCUCCCUUCUCACGUCUGUCAAGCCUACAACUAUAUUGUUAUCAAACUAAUAACACCCAGCUUAUUUUGGGGGGCCGGGGGCGCGCGCAUGCGCAAGUCGCGAUGGCGCAGUCGCUGGUUCUGAUGAAUGCCACUGGAUUUCCCGGCUCCCAAAGUUGCAAUCGUUUUCAUCUUGCAAAUUAGGAGUUUAUUGCGCCACUGCACGGACUAUAGGGCGGUAUAGACAAUCGCGCCAAGUAAGCCAAGUAAGCUAAGUAAGAGAAGUAAGAUCGAUCGUAGUCGUAGGCAGUCGUAGGCAGUCGCAGGAAGCGAGGAAGCAAGGAAGCAAAUGAUUUCGAUAGGCGACAUGACAUGACAUGACCGGCCAACAGCAACGCACCCCUCGCACCCCUCGCACCCAAUUCGCAACUCAACUCCUGCCUGGCCCUUCGCCCGCCCCAGCCAACCCGCCCCCGGCGGCCUCGGCACCCCCAGCAAGGCGCCUCCGGACCAACCAGCUUAGCUUCCCCGCCACCGGCGCUGUGGCCGGUGCCGUCUUCGGCGGCGGUGGCCGCGGAGCUGGCAGCGGGCACCGGCGGCGGGCGCGCGGAUCCACUCCUCCCGACGUUGACGACGGAGGCGGGAGGCGCGGCGCCGCGGAUACAGCUGGUGCUGGUGGGGCACGGCUUCCUACACGCGUGUGCGCUCAACUGCCAGCUCCCACUCGUGCGCCUGCCGACUAGCGCCAACUGCCAGUGUGCGUCACUACAGUCAGGUAGCUUCCGAGCCGGACCACCGUACAAGCAACUACCUGCUCACACUCGCGCAGCUGCCGAGUCCAAUAAAACUCCUGUACGGUUGCGGGGGAUGGGGGUGCCGUACGCGAGUUAGUUGGGGGUUAGUCGGAGCUGUCCUAGAACCUACAUUAUACUAUUUUUUUGUCCCGGUGUACCUUGACGGACAUAUUUCGAGCCUGCUGUUGCUGGACUGUGCUUUUGGCCGCUUGUGUUCUUCUGCCUGUUAAGCAAGCGCGACCUGCACUUGCACUUUGGGUGCCUGCACAGUGCCCAUCUUAGGUGAUUUCGUGUGUGCGUGCCAGUCCGCAUGGUGCGACUUCACCCCGGCCUCUCAUUUGCAAGGCUCCUUGGGUUCAGCGUGCCCUUCUCUGUGGUGCCACAUCGCUAGUAAUAACGUUUAA